CAACAGUUACUUCUAUUCUUAUUCAUGAGCAUCAUGCUUCCGCUUUAUUAAACAACAUUCUCACGCAAACCUCUUUUCAUCUUUCUUUCCAUCAAAGCAAUGGAUCAUGUCCAUGAAAAGAGUGCCCUCCAAGUUUAGCACAUACUGUCGAGUUGUCGUUUUAUUCAAAAAGUUUAAUUACUUUUAAGCCAUAACAAAAUGUUACCAUUCAUUCUUUGAUCGUAUGUUAGCCUAUUAUUCAUCAGAGAAAUUUUGCCAACAAAACAAUGCCCCAAGUUAGAAUUUUUUAGAGAUCAAGGGCCAUAAACUUCGGUCACCAACUGCCGAAUUCACCGUUCGUCACGUGGAUACUGAAUUUAGAGUUGUUUCUGAUGGAGGAUCGCUGACGUGGAAGAUUACUAUUGGCCCCACUAUAAUCGCUUUAAAUUUCUCGUGCUCCAAUUUUUCCAGGUCCUCUUCCCGCGCUCGCUCGCUCCCUAUCAUCUUUCCCGGUCGCCGGCUCGUCCGUGAGCCUUUCCGGGCGACAAGAGUACCGAUCACUACAGUGCCAUUUCCCGGACGAAUUUUGCGCUUUCGAAGUCGCAAUAUCAUUCUUCUCGUGCAUGAACUCGGUAUCGUAGUUUUUAGCUACUGGACCGGAUUGUAUUGAUUAGUUGGCAAAGAUGUCCACUCUAGGAAGUCCUCUUCGAAGGAAUAACUCUACACCGAACAUUGGGCUGGCAAAGAAGAAACCCCAUGAGAAUGGAUUUCCUGAAUCCCUUGCUCGAAAAUCUAUUUCGUCUUCGCGCCCGCCAAAGGGAUUAACGGGAGAGAGAACAGUAAAAUCACUUAGGCUUUCAAAGGCCUUGACAGUACCUGAAACAACAUCUGUAUAUGAAGCUUGCCGUCUGAUGGCCGCCCGUAAAGUUGUUGCUCUAUUACUAACAGAUUCUAAUGCUUUACUUUGUGGAAUUCUCACGGACACGGAUAUAGCAAAAAGAGUUAUUGCUCGGGAGAUUAAUCUUGAAGACACACCUGUUUCCAAGGUUAUGACCAAGAACCCAACAUUUGUCCUCGCUGAUACUCUUGCUGUGGAAGCCCUUCAAAAGAUGGUGCAAGGACGAUUCAGGCAUUUACCUGUGGUGAACAAUGGAGAAGUCAUUGCUUUACUUGACAUUGCAAAAUGUUUGUAUGAUGCUAUCGCUCGAUUGGAAAGGGCAUCCGAGAAAGGAAAAGCAAUCGCAGCAGCUGUUGAAGGUAUCGAAAAACAAUGGGGAACACCGGCUUCUGGCUCCAAUGCAUUCCUUGAGACUCUUAAGGAGAAAAUAUUCAGACCUUCAUUGUCUACAAUCAUUCCUGAGUUUCCAAAGCUCGUAAGAGUUUCACCAACGGAAUCAGUUUCGACGACAACAAAGAAGAUGCUUGAACACGGUGCAAGCGCUGCAAUUGUAAUGGUUGACAACAAACCUCGUGGAAUCCUCACCUCGAAGGAUAUCUUGAUGCGGGUAAUUGCACAGAAUCUCCCCCCCGAGUCAACUCUUGUUGAAACGGUCAUGACCCCAAAUCCAGAAUGUGCAACAGUCGAUACACCAAUUGUUGAUGCACUUCGCACUAUGCAUGAUGGAAAAGUUUUACACCUUCCCGUGCUUGAUAGAGAUGGCAGUAUAAUUGCUGUGGUCGAUGCGCUUCAUAUUACUCAUUUUGCCAUUGCAACGGUUGGAAAUACUGCCAACUUAAACAACGAAGCAGCUAGCUCAAUAAUUCAAAACUUUUGGGAGUCGACCAUGGCCUUAACUUCGACUAUUGAUGAUGGUGAUGAUGAGUCGCGAAGCGGCAGUUCUUUGAAGAUGACUUUUGAGGUCGGAGAAACUGGGAGAUCUACUGGUCAACCUUCGACUAGGAUGCCAAAUGCGUUUUCCUUCAAACUUCAAGAUAAAAGAGGCCGAAAGCAUAGAUUUACAUGCGAUACUCUGAGCUUGGUAGAGGUUAUGAGUUCAAUCAUCCAGAGAGUCAAUGACGUUGACCCAUACAACAUGCCCGUAAUUCUGUAUGAGGAUGAAGAUCAUGAUCACAUUGUAAUGGCUUCAGACAAUGAUCUUGCUUCAGCUGUGGACCAUGCAAGGAUGGCAGGUCUAAAGGCCUUGAUGUUGCAUUUAGACUAUUCAGAAGUAGGACGUGGUGGGAGAAAAAACAGCGCGGGAAGCUUGGAUUAUGCUCAUUCAGAUAGAUGGAACUCAGCAUAUGGUGCCGUAACUGCUGGAGCUGCAAUUCUUGCUGUCUUAUGCUUGUUCACGUACUUGAAGCGAGCUUAAACGACAGCAGCAGUGGCACUUUUUGACUCCAAACUGAGGUUCAAACUCGUGCAAAAAAUUCUUAUGGAGACUAAAUCUCAGAGAAAACAAAGAGAAUAUACAGCCAAUCAAUACAAGGAAGUUUAAAAUAUUUCUAACAUACAAAGGCUAUGUUAACAUGCUGGCAUUUUGCCAUUCUUUUUCGAUGAUUGGCCUAUUGCCAGGGUGUUAGUUCUUGUACAUGCGGUUCUUGUAUGACAAAAGUUACAGUGUAUCACUGCACUAUACGGUCCGGAACUCAAUGCGUCAUUCAUACUGGCGUCUUCAUCUUGUCAAGGAUAAAUGAUCUUUAUAUUACAUUUUAA